AUGCCGAACUCAGACGCCGCACCUGCGCGCGAGUCCCAGGUACGAAACACAGAGAAUUCGUUGAUCAAAGAUGAUGGCCGUCCUCCCAAAACCAUCACCAGAGAAUGGACUCCUCCCACCGGUGAAUUGAGAUACUUCGCAAAUGAUCGAUACAACUUCCUUCCUCGCAUUUCUCGGACUACAGAGACGGACAUCGCCGAUGAGAACCAAAGCAUUAAAACCUCCCUGAUGCUGCGAGGGCCUACGAUUGAGCAGGUACAUCGGACAAUUGACAGAAUCAAUGCUCUAGAGUCAGCUAUGGAUCUGAUGAACAACCCAAUUUUCGGCACAACUGCGAUCGCCCCAGAGCGUGAAACGGUGACCUACUGGAAAUUAAAAUACGCAACGAUUAACGCUCUCGGAAACGGCCGUGUUCUUUUCGAUCCACUUGUGACUCCAGCUUCACGUGUUCUCCCGAUGAUUGCACCGACGGCUUACCAUUACGACAAAGACGAAAAUGCUUGGUCUAUGCUAAAACAUCUUCUGAGCCCUCCGCACCUUGACUCCACCUGGGACAAUUAUCCAGACACCACACUGGCCUGGAGAGACUUCAUUUACGAUGGGAUUGGACAAGGCGCUCAGUAUUCCGCGUGUACUACCCCUGUAUUUGAUCCGCGUGAUGCUCCUACUUACAAAACAACUGGCCGCGAAACAAUUCAGAAAAAUGCAAGUCUACUCGCAAAAGCAAAGCAGGAAUUUGGAUGGGUUGCAGCUUCUACAGUCGCUUCUUUAUCUGAAUCUGGUCAUCUCAGUAACCUGCCAGAGCCAUCAACUCGUUUCAGCGUCCGUUCCGGGAGAUCAGAUCAGGCCAUACAGGCAAGAGCCUCAGGGCUAAUGAGAACUCCGGCUCAGAUGUUGCGGGCUUUCCAAGAAAAAAAUAAAAAGCCCCCGUCUGAACGAUUUCAUACACAGUCCGCACCGAAACCGGCCGUUCACAAAACCCGCGAUGUCUCUUCUUCCACAUCCUCUUUUCCCGAGUUACCAGGCGUAUUUUCAGGUUCACAAAUUGUGGAAUCAUGCGAAGCUUUAGUUGAUCUGUUGGAUGACACCGAGCUUCAAAGCACCGAAGGCUCCAGAAACCAGAUACCUGGACCAUCUAUCCAUGAAGAUCUCAUUGAUCUUGACUGGGAAUCGGAGAAAGAGGAAUUACCAUCAUUUAUUCUCGAGUCAGAGCUACAGCCCGAUAGCUUGCUGGAUACCAACUUAGUUACGGAGACCGAAUCUGUAGCUUUCGGUAAAGGCCUCGUCGGAGUCAACUCUAAAGCAAAUGCCAAUACGACUACUUUGUCAAAGUCUUCUGUGUCAAGUUCGCCUUCGCUGGAAUUCAUGUCACUUCCUCCAGAAUCUCCGAAACAACCGCCAAAUGAUCUCAUUGACUUCGAUGAGCCUGAAAUCAUGGGUUUUCCUUCGCUCACAUCUGGAGGAUUGAGGACAGACUUGCCUACCUUUGUGCCUCAUGAUUUAUCACCUCAAAUGACUUCUUCCUUCCAUAUCGAUGAUCCAUUCAUGGGCCAGGACCAAGCUCUAAACCAGGAUCAAACUGGGAACCUUUUCGACUCGGGUGAUUUGCGACUACAACAGAAUGUUGGAUAUCGACAGUCUUUCACUUUGAUAACUCCACCUGGACUGCCUAUUCCUACUGGAUAUCUUCCCCCAGGUGCAAUCUAUGCUCCGCCAGGACUACCCAUUCCGCCAGGUCUCCCCAUUAUUCCUGGUUUCUCCGCCCCAUACAGAAACUAUCCUUCGUUAGGACAAUAUCCACCAACAAAUACUAUUGCUAGACACAGCCAAGCCAAACCAAUGGCGGUGCCUCAGCUCGACAGAAUCCCCCCAUCAUACCCCCUGUAUAACUAUCCUGUGCAAAACAUGCUAGGUAGUCAUCUCCCCUCGUCAUAUAUGUCGCAGCUUCAACCCAACCUCGGGUUACCAGCUUACCCAGUACAAACUGAAAAGGUUGACGGGGAACAACCCCAGUCCAAAAUUGCCGAUCCAGAGCUGAGAGAGUUUCAUUCUGUGAUGAACCAGCAAACUCAAAAAGUUAUGGUCAAAAAGAAAGGGUUCACGGAAUCUAAGUCAGCUAUUGAGGUUAAACGCAAAGCCGCCCUCUUAGGUGCUUGGGGUCAGAAGUCGUAUGCUUCGACAUCAAAGCCACCGAGUGAAGAGGUUGCGCGAAAGGGAUUUUCUACUCAUACCGUGAAAGAAGUUUCCAGAACGGCACUCAAAAAGGAGCGAAAUGCGACCUUGCAGGUGGAUCAAUUAAAGUCUCUUUUCAGAAUUCUCCGUCGCUGCCUCGGCCCUGCAACUUACUUCCCUGGCCCUCUAAUGUUGGAGCUCCAAUUCGGAUUGCUUCUCUUUUCUGCUGUCAUCGACAGUUCAAAGACGCAACGCUUGUCGCUACAAGAUUUACAAAACUUUUACGAUCGAAGAAAUGGACUUGGUCCUACUGAAUCGAGCUUUUUCAACAGACUAACAAGCUCCCCAGCAGAUGUGGACUACAUAGUCAAUAUUCAAGUUGGUGGUUCUUCUAUGUUUGAAACAGAGCCACUUUCUUUCAAGCUUGAGUACGAGUUUCACUGCCAAGGUGCUGGAUCUGAGUUUAUAAUUGUCGUUGACGACCAUGGGAAACACAAUGUGAAAACAGCGGAGAAUCUUCUUGGAACUGUCAAUCUGAACUUUCCUAUUAGGAUCUGGGAUGCUGCAAUCGUGGUCAAGGGGAAUCUGGACAGAUUCAAGGAUCCCCAUCAAGGAUUCGACGAAGCAAUUUUGAAGAUUGUGGAUAAUCUCUGGGUGGAACCCAACCGACCCCAUGUACGCCUUUUAGCCCGUACCUCUAAGGAGCUCAGAAUCGCCAAAAUCCUCGUGAAGAGGAUCACGGAACACAGAUGUCUUCACUCCGAGGGCAAAGAUGGCCAGUCUCAUGACAUUCUUCUUCGAAUCGUUGAAACUCAAGAUUUAAUAAUCUCAAUACAUGAAAGGGAUGAAAGGGAUGAAGAAUUCAUUGAAGCACACUGCGGCCCGUUAUCUGACAUGGCCAAAGAAAACCGGCAAUGGUGGACCGCAGCCCUGACUUCUCCUAUCAUCAAUACAGUGCUCAAAUCAAACGAGAAUCUUGAACCAGGUCAAAAAACCAAUGACUGGGUUCCAACCGAUAUGUUCGGCGACGACGCCAAACAUCUUCUCCCGAUACCGCUCACACCUUCGACAUCGUCAAUUCUCUCCAGCAAUCUAAGUUCAUCUCAUCCAUCACAGAUCUCCUCUGCUGUUGGAUCCGGCGGCGUUGGUCACCUUGUACGCUUAGCAGAAACGAUUGUCAAAAGUAUUGAUGCCGUUGGUAGCAAGAACAUGAGUCUAGAAAAGGACUCCGUGGUGUCAGCUGCUGCAAUCAGUGCCACUCAUGUGCAGUGUGAUGAAGAAAAUAUUGUACCAGAGAGUGAACUGUUUGUUGUGCCUAAGAAAAAGAAAGUACCCACUCCAUCUGGUCGGAAGCGAGAUAUUUGGUGA